GGGGAUCGGACUUGAUUCAGCAGUGAUUAAACAGCAAGGCACUCUGUCGUAGCCUCAGUCGCCUGUUGCUCAUCACUCUGGGAGCUUGCAGACCACAGCCACCAUGUUGAAAGUCCAAACAACAGAGACCGAUGAACAGACCCGUAUCUUGGCUGAGAAGGUUUUUGCCCACGACGCUAAAGAUGAAGACAGCAGAGAUGAGAUCUCGCCCUUCGAUGUGCCGGUCGACUGUCCCAUCGGGGAGAUUGAGAUGGUGCAGCACCAACUGCACAAAGAGACCAAGGAAACUGUUGAGAACAGGAAGAAAAGGAUGCAGCGAGGACCCAUCGCAGUAACCCUCCCUAACAUUGAGGAAGUUAAAGACAGCGAACCCAUUGAGUCAGCAACCAAAGUACAGCACGUCCAGUACCACAAUGUUCCUGAUUUUCAGAGAGUUGCUAUCACUGGAGACUACACAUCAGGGGUGACUGUGGAAGAUUUCGAGCUGGCCUGUAAGGGGCUGCACAAAGCUCUGACCAUUCGGGAGAAAUACAUGCAUUUGUCAUUCCAACGAUUCCCCAGAACCACCGCCCAUUACCUGCGGACUAUAGAGAACAAACGAUGGGUGCUGGAGGCUGAGAUGCACCCUACAUUUACUCCUCCUGUGAAGGAUGGCGAGGAUCCCUUCAGCUCCCAGGACCUGCCUGAGAACCUUAGCUACUCAUGUGAGAUGAAAGACGGGGUGGUUUUUGUGAGAGCAAAGAAGGAUUCAGCCAAAAAAAUCAAAGACCUGCCCUUCCCAGACUUACCCACUUUCAUAGACGACAUGAACUUCUUAAUCGCAUUGAUCGCACAGGGUCCCGUGAAGACAUACACACAUCGACGCUUGAAGUUUCUCCGCUCAAAGUUCAACCUGCAUGAGAUGCUGAAUGAAAUAGAGGAGUUGAGGGAGCAGAAGAUUAACCCUCAUAGAGACUUCUAUAAUGUCAGGAAGGUUGAUACUCACAUCCACGCAGCAGCUUGCAUGAGCCAGAAACACCUUCUGCGGUUUAUAAAGUCGUCUGCGCGAAAAGACACCGAUCGUCUGGUCUUCAAUUCCAAGGGCCAGAAGCUAACUCUGAAGGAGCUCUUUGAAAAGCUGAACCUUCACCCCUAUAAUCUGACUGUUGAUUCCCUGGAUGUGCACGCUGGUCGCCAGACCUUCCAGCGCUUUGACAAGUUCAAUGCCAAGUACAACCCAGUGGGUGCGAGUGAGCUGAGAGAUCUUUACCUGAAGACUGAAAACUGCAUCAACGGGGAAUACUUUGCUCGUAUUAUCAAGGAGGUGGCUUCAGAUCUUCAGGAAGGGUUAUACCAGCACGCAGAGCCCCGUCUGUCCAUUUAUGGCCGGAGUCCUGAAGAGUGGCCAAAACUGGCAAACUGGUUCAUUGAACAAAGAGUCUUCUCUCCCAACAUGAAGUGGAUGAUUCAGAUCCCCAGGAUCUAUGAUAUUUUCAGAGGCCAAAAUUUCAUCCCACACUUCGGGAAAAUGCUGGAAAGCAUAUUUGUGCCAAUCGUCAAAGCAACACUUCAACCCCGAGAUCACGUGGAGCUCAGUGUUUUCCUCAAACAUAUCACUGGCUUUGACAGUGUGGAUGAUGAAUCCAAGCACAGUGGCCACAUGUUCUGUACUAAGAGCCCAACACCUGAGCAAUGGACCCAGCCGAAGAACCCGUCCUACUCCUAUUACCUCUACUACAUGUAUGCCAACAUCAUGGUCAUCAACAAUCUUCGAAGGGAAAGGGGGAUGAACACGUUUCUGUUCCGUCCGCACUGUGGUGAGGCAGGAGCCGUGACACAUCUCCUGACGGCAUUCAUGACUGCGGACAACAUCUCGCACGGACUCAAUCUGAAAAAGAGCCCUGUCCUGCAGUACCUGUACUUCCUGACCCAGAUCCCAAUCGCCAUGUCUCCCCUCAGCAACAACAGCCUGUUCCUGGAGUACGCCAAGAAUCCACUCCUGGAGUACAUGCAGAAAGGGCUGAUGGUCUCACUCUCCACUGAUGACCCCAUGCAGUUCCAUUACACCAAGGAACCUCUGAUGGAGGAGUAUGCCAUCGCAGCCCAGGUCUUCAAGCUGAGCACCUGUGACAUGUGUGAGAUCGCCCGAAACAGCGUCCUGCAGAGUGGCUUCUCUGAGCAGGAGAAGAUCAAAUUCCUGGGACCUAACUACCGUAAGGAGGGCCCGGAAGGUAACAGCAUUCAGAAGACAAACGUGUCUCAGAUUCGGAUGGCUUACCGCUAUGAAACCCUCUGCUAUGAACUGAACCUGAUCAUGGAAGGCUUAAAAGUCUCUGAGUAAGAGUAUUGGCACUUCACAUUCCAUCCACUGGAACCUGUGGGAUUAUGAGUCGAUCACCUGCCAUUACUGAAUAAUGUUGGAAAAUCCUCCUGCGGUACGAUCUCCCAGCUUCAUUAGCUCCUGUAAUCUCCAGCCCACGUUCACUUUGAUAGCUCCAGGUUUCCUGGGACCCAACACAUGAUUGAUCAAACACCUGAACAUAAGAACAUAAGAAUUGUUGGGCAAAAAAAGACCAAGAUCCAUCCAGUUCACCUCCCACCAUUCUGACAGUUGCAUGCAUGUCGCAAACUAUAUUCUGUAUCCCCAUAUAUUACUUUCUAGCAGAAAUCUAUCCAAUUUGUUCUUGAAAACUUUCUGCUUCCACCGU